AGUGCAUUUUUAAUUUCAAUUACAUUUCACUUAGAAUUUGCUUAUGCACAUGCAAAAUUAUAUAUAAUGAGACGAUUAAAUCAUACCAUUCGCGUGUAAUUAUUUUCCCUAUAUUAUUCGAUAGAGAACAAAAAUGGAGAUUAUGGAAGAUGGGAAUUUGGUCGAUCGUGUAAGGAUCUUAUUACAACGAGAUAUGCAAUAUUAUCAGGAAAUGCAAACUGUUUUGAGGGAACCGUUAUGCCUACGCAUCAGCGGCGGAAAACUCGAUUUUCCACGACAUGCUUCGUUCGCCGCGAUAAAGAUCGUCACAUGGUGGGAAGCGGAUUUUGUAGCCGCUUUUAAACGCGCUUCUGGUUUAAGCUCCUCCGAAAACGGAGGUGCGUCCAGCGUCGACAGCGAGGACAGUGUCAUUAAGCGGAUCCAGCCGUCCGAUUUUAUUCUGCUUGUUGUCGACACCGCUGAACAAUUGUUAGAACAUCUGCACAUGUUGAUUCAAGAAUCCUUGGAUCAUGCCGAUCUUACCGUGCUCACCGCCACUUUGGGCGCAGCAGCACUGAUACGAAAUUGCUUAUGGUGUUACAAUCAGCAUGCCAAAGGAACGAUCUCUUCUCAAUCGAGUGAGAAAAUUAAUAAAUCUCACAAAGCAUUUCACGAGAUGGCCGAAGCCGUGGCAGAGAGGUUGCUCGAUCUGCACUGUAGAUUAAUUUCCUUGUACAUCCUUAACGAAGCGGACUCUCUCAGCUGGCACAGCAAUAAACCAUUCUUUGAAAGAGAACGAUGCUCCUACGUUAUUCAGAUGUGGUGGCUGUAUAUGCAAGGUACUAAGGCGGAUUUAUGGAACACAGUCUCGCCUAAGAUGGCACAGCGUGUAUUUUCAGAAAUGCUAAACGAGUCCCUAUCUAUCAUAGUAACGCGAUUCAUUCAUGGUCGACCGACAAUGGCGCGAUCCGAACAAUUUUGGUCGGACGCCUUUAAUGUGCUCUGCUGUACAGGAUAUCUAGCUUUAGGCGCAUGUGUCGAUGGCGACGGAAUGUUAGGUGCACGACCGAGUAAUUUACCAACAGCGAUAAGAGAUAUACAUACAAAAUGUAAUGAAUUAUUAAUCUGCUUGCUACUUAGAGGCACUCCUCUUAAAGAAUUGUAUCAGGUUUUCCGACACGGAUUAGAAAAUUUAGCGAUACUGCGACCGCGACACAGUCCGGCUCCAUGGCUAUUAAUAUGCGCUCCAAAUUUAUUAGGAUUAGACGUGACUGAUUCUCUAGCUGAUAUUACAACAUUAUCCGAGGACAGAACUGUUAUUCUUGAAUUGAAUGUCUUGAGGCAUCAGCCUCAACCUAGCUGGCCUCAACUGAUGAAAGUGAUAUCAAUGAAUGAUUACGUCGUGGGAAAGAUGCUGCUAAAGACUUUAAUACGUCAAAACGUGGGUUUUACGUCCGUGGACGAGUGCGACACACUUGAUAAAUCGAAGAAGGACAAAGAGAGUUGCGGUGGUUUUUUAUGUAAUGGAUCAGCGUGCGAUAAAUCGCUAAAAAUAACUUCGGCUUUAGCAUUAUACAGUUUAUCUCACGUAUUAGUGAUAACCGUUAACGAACCGGAAAGCGUAAUUAUACCCGCAUUGAAGCAGGAUCCGAACUGGUCCAAUUAUCUAGACAGACAGCAGGUCUGGAAUCAGUCGAGACCAUCCUGGCUUAACGCAUUAAUAAAACCUUUGAAGAUCAUGAUGCAACCGGUGGUCGAGGUGCUUCUGGAAGCUGCGAAAACAGGUGCCAGUAUAUAUCAAGCCAUGUCAUUGGCGAUUGGUUGCUUCACCGAGUUAUACGUAACGGCCUCGACCUCCGUUUUGCGCGCGGCCUUUGCGCUCAAUGAUAACAUUCCCGCUCAUUGUCGACCGAUCGGCGGUAACGUCUUGCUUCAAAUAUUGUGCGCAGCCCUAUACUCCGGUCUCCUGGACGUGUCCGCGAAGAGUGAAAGGAAAGAUAUCCAUGGUACACCGAGUUCCUCCGAGGACACGAACUGCGAGCUAAGCCCCUUCAAUCCUUACGAUAGGUCGACCGCCGCGACGGCGCUCGCCGAGGCGAUUUGCAGCAUCGACGAAGAUAACAAGCAUACGGCGCAAAUAGAUUCUUUCUUGCUUCUCGUAAAGGACAGCCUCGGAAGAGAAGAUCAAACUUCGAGGAAUGAUGAAUUACAGAACAUGACUUGCGUCAUUGAGACUUACACAGAUGAAUUGUUGUUCACGAAUACUGGACGACGAUCAUUAAAAAUUGUAUACGAAUAUCUAGUCCGGGCGUCUGACUGGGUGUUAAAUAAUCUACGUUGUGACGAGAAGAAUAGACAGACGGAUUUGAUAAAUCUGCCGGAAGGCUCGCCAAUCAUGAAACCUCUUACACAUACGAUGUUUCAUAUCGAGGACACAUGCUUUGAUCAGUUUCUGAUUAAUUACGAAGCAACGAAUUGGUCGAAGAUAUUAACGAUGCCUUUGUCGGUUACCUUGGAACGUGCACGAAGUCAAAUUCUCUUAAGACCAGAAUUGAAGAAUGUUGGAGAGCUCAGUUAUGAGGAUAAAGAAGUGGUGCAAUCUAUCAAAAGACUCUGCUCGUUGGUCAGGUCAGCACGUUUCAAAUAAGUGGUUUACAUACAUUUAACUUUAGUAAAAGCAAGAAAAUCAACGGCAAUUCAGUGAACAGAAAAUCAACAGCACUCGCAGACGACUGAUAAAGAGGCAAACUCGCUGGGCAUCUGAGAUAAACUGGCGUUUUCAGAACGCAGAAGGUUAUCCACUCCAUAGCGGUUCUGAUCAUGCGUGCUGGCAAAUACAUCGUCAAGGCUUACAUAAGAGCAACUCGUGAUUUUCAGUUUUAUCACACCGACAAAUAAACAUGUGUAUUUUACGCGGCAUUAUUAUCAUAAUUAAAUAAUGCGUUCCACUCGCUUGAGCGAUAAGCAAAUGUAUUGUACGUCAAUGAUCAACAAUUAAUUUUUAGAAAAUAAUUUUCACUAUAUUGUAAAUGAUAAUAAAGAAAAUAAAAGAUAAUAAAGAAUAUUUAAAAUUUUAA